AUACAGUUCUCGAUUGGACAGUGUCGUGUUAAAUCACACGUCUUGUCAUACGACAUCGCCUGUGUAUAAGCGAUGACGGCUUGUUGACUAAGAAUAAUCCGCAUUUUGACAGUACAUGACGUUUUUGUGUUGACGGGGUUUGCGAAAAAUAUUUUGUUAUUUAUAAAAACAUAUAUGGUGUUGAAUUUUAAAGUUUGGUUAAAAAGAUUAUGUUGAAUAUAUGUUAAAAUGGACAGCUAUUUCGUUUAUGUAAACAAAACGUGACGAUUAUUAUAAACCGAGUGUUUAAAAAAGGGAAGAAUGGAACCUAACAAAAGAAUGACAUAAGUUGUCAAUUUCAACACGACCUUUCGAGUGUAAUGUGAGAAACGUUUUGGUUUUUAUAAAGUUUAGAAAAUAUUAUAACAAGUAGUUGCUUGUGAAAGAAGUUACACGAACAAAUUAUUUUACGAUACUUGAACAAAACGGACAGGAAAAUUUUAAUCGUCAAAAAAGAAAAUAUUUUUAAAAGAGGAAAAGAUUGAUUAAUUUAUAAUAAAGUUAUUUAUAUGAGAAAGAAAGAAAAAGAAAGAGAAGAGAAAGUAUUUAACAGAAAAUUACUUUGUUUGAAUAUAAAUAGACAUUGGGGAAAAACAAACUGGAAGGUGAAAAAAAUAAGUUCCCCUGAUAGAAAUAUAAAAACUCGCAAAAGAGACACAAAUUAGUAACAAAACUAAAUCCAACAUGGAAACAUCUUGUAAAGACAAAUCGUUUAAAGUUAUUGUGUUAGGUGAAGCUGGUGUUGGUAAAAGUUCUUUAAUACGACGAUACACGCAAGGUUAUUUUUCACACCGUACAACAACAACAGUCGGGGUAGAUCGUAUACCUAUCGAUAUAAAUGUUGAUAACGAGACUUUAAACUUUCAAGUUUUGGACACAGCAGGUUGUUUUGGAUUUCGUGGAUUGAUUAAAAGUUAUAUGAACAAUGUCGAUGCAGUGAUUUUUGUUUACGAUUUAACAAAUAAAGAAUCGUUCGCCUGUCUGCCAUUAUGGAAUACCAUAUUAAAAAGCGCGGGAAAACGCGAUAUAACGAAGAUUUUGGUUGGAAAUAAACGCGAUUUAUGCGAAAAGAGACAAGUACAAUUUAAGAAUGCUAAAAACUACGCCGAUUUCGAAGGAAUGGUUAAUAUGGAAAUUUCUGUAAAAGAAGAGGAAAGCGUAGAUCUGGUAUUUCAAUGUGCUGCAAGAGAACUUCGUUUAAAGCGACAAAUCAGUGAGACACAACAAAAAAGAGAAAAAGAGCUUAAGAAGUCGUCUAUAUUCUCCAGAGCAAAAUCAGCAGAUAUUUUUGAGGACGAACGCGAUCGAAGCCCAAAAGAAUUUGUAAGAAAAUUGAGUUUAAUGGUCAUGGGGAAGAAAGGAAAAUGCCACGGAAGAAGGGAAACACCAUCAACCCCAGCUUUAAGAAGAAGAUUUGAGCAAACAGGCUUUUCUACGGACACGUAUAGAUGGACGUAAUCUGUAGAAGAAAUAAUAACAGUUAUUUUUUGUUACUUAUAACCGAUUUGUAAGGAUUUUUUGUAUAUAUUGUGUGUUCUGUAUUUGCAAAAUUUAUUAUAUGAAAAAUAAAAUAUAAACAGUCUUUCGAAGAAAUGUAAACUUAACUAGCUGACAAAAAUUAUAUAUAUCUUGUAAACGA